GCGCGCAUCCAACCGCGCAGCCCCCAGUCACCGAGCCCGGGAGAGAAGACGCGCGCGCGAGACACGGACCGUCUGUUGGUCUACCGGGACCCGCGAAGCACCGCCCGCCGAAGACACGCCGCCCCCCGCGCCCACCGACCACCGCCGCUUCAGCCGCCUCGUGAUCACUUCUGCAUCUCUGAAAGAGAGAAGGACGCCAUGCUGAGCGUCUGCCUCGUGCUGCUCGUGUCUGCCGCCGUCCUCUCGGAGUCGCAGGUGAGGGAGACGGAGACCUGGACGCCCCUGAGGUCCACGCAGCCCGCCACGCCGAGCCGCGAGCGCCACGAGGCGUCGGGCGACUCGCCCAACGGCUCCGACUUCGGCUUCACGGACGACUACGACGCCGAAGACGAUGAAGACGAGGAGGACGGCGGCGACUACUACCCCGACACGCUGUACGACGAAGAGGAAGAGUACGACGGGUUCUCCGGCUCCGGGGACGGAGAAACGGCCUCGCCGCCGCCUGCCUCCGAGCCCGAAGUCAACGACAACAAGAUCCCGGAGGCGGUGCCGGCGCAACCUGCCGGCACCGAGCCGGACCUCCAGAACCACAACGAGAUCCCCGCGCCUAAGGAGGCGGCGCCGGCCGAGGAGCCGUCCAACGUCCUGAUGUCCCACGCCGGAGACGACAGCGUCUUCAACAAGACGGAGGUGCUCGCAGCGUUGAUCGCGGGCGGCGCCGUCGGCCUGAUGCUCGCCGUGCUCCUCGUCCUCCUCCUCAUCUACCGCCUGAAGAAGAAGGACGAGGGCAGCUACGACCUGGGGAGGAAGCCCAUCUACAAGAAGACCCCCACCACGGAGAUCUACGCAUAGACACACACACACACAGACACACACACAGAGACACACACAGAGACACACACAGAGACACACACAGAGACACACACAGAGACACACACAGAGACACACACACAGAGACACACAGACACACACACAGACACACACACACACAGAGACACACACACACAGACACACACACACCAUCCCAGCUGCAGCUGUGACCCUCUCAGAGGUCGUUUGGGGGAGGCGGUCGAUCUUUAUUGUCUUUAUUGUCUGUGAUUUUAAAUCCGACGCUCCAUCAGCCGACGGUUAGCGUAGCGUAAAGACGGCGCGGUUAGCCUCCAGGCGUCACAGAUGUCGUACGCUGGCGACGCUCCAGCCGACUCACUUCUGCAUUUCAGACAUUUCUUCAGGUUCUUCCGAUGUCACGGAGUCGGUUGAUCGUAACUUUAAGCGGUCGCCGAGUCGUGGACUCAACGUGUUGACCGGCGAGCCGCGUCGGCGCCUUCUGCGCGGCUAGUAGUUUCCCUCCGUUUCCAGUCUUUGUGCUAAGCUAACGGCUAACGACGCGCUGCUUCUGCUCUCCAGGAGCUCGUUUUAAACUGUUCUCUGAAUGAAAUGAUUUGUCUGAUCGGAGAAACUGGUAGUUGUGGUGCUUGGUGUCGCGGCCGCCGCGAGCAGACGCUCACAUUUCACACGUGUAAAUAGAAAGUGAACUUGGUACGACGAAUAUCGACCAAAUAUUUAAAUGCCAAAUGACGAUUUGUUUUGUUCUCGUAACGUUCGCUGACUUCCUGUCCGUGGUCCUCAUCGGUCGCCGUGGUUACUCCACGAGGUCCAGAGGGUGGUUUUUAUUUCAUUAAUUUAACUGUCACAUUAUUUUAUUGCCUUCCUUCAGGUCGGGGUGCCCCCCCCUUUUAUCUUAAGCUGUUGUAUAUGUGAUUUAAAAAAGUUUUAUAUACACUAGUGUGAGAUUUUCAGAGGCAAAUUGUUUUGAAGCUUUUUAUUUUGUAAGAGUUUCUAUUGUCUUUUUAUUUUUUAGACUUUUUAUAUAUAUUUUGUUGUUGCUUUUUGUAUUUAUGUGGUUUGUUGGAGCCGACCAAUCAGAUGGCUCACAUUGUUCUGCAAAUAAACAAAAUGUAUUUUUAAAAUCCUCGACACUAAACAAAACGCAUCGGGCCGUCUGGAGGCUCUCGGCCAACGAAUCACGAGCUCCACUUGUUACGCUAAUAAAGAUAUUUUUAUGCACA